GACGCGAUCACAUAGUCCAGUGUCACAUGAAACGCCUCACAUAUUUUUUGUAGCGUUUUCUGUCUUUUUGCUGUGAAACUUCUUGCUAUUAGAACUGAAACUGCACUGUAAUCCGCAGGAACUUUAAUAAUCCAACAUGGACGAAGACGGUCUGCCCAUUGUGGGGUCUGGUGUCGAUCUUACCAAGGUCCCUGCUAUUCAACAGAGAAGAGUCGUUGCCUAUCUCAAUCAGUUUCUUGUGCACACGGUCCAGUUCCUUAACCGUUUUUCCACAGUUUGUGAGGAGAAACUUGCAAACAUAUCUCUCCGCAUACAGCAGAUUGAAACAACCCUCUGCAUUUUGGAAGCCAAGUUGUCCUCCAUUCCUGGGCUGGAGGACGUCACAAUAGAUCAGCAGCAACCUGCUCAGGCUAAUGUUCCCACUAGCACCAAUCAGACCCAAACAGAUGGUCCACCAGCAGAGCCCCUGCCUCCCCCAGAGCCCGCUCAGACUGCACCAGAGCCCGCAACCACACAAAAAGCAGAAGCAGCUGCAGAGAAUGUCAUGACGGUGGCCAAAGACCCGCGUUAUGCCCGAUACCUAAAAAUGGUUCAAGUGGGAGUUCCAGUUAUGGCUAUAAGGAAUAAAAUGGUGUUGGAAGGUUUGGAUCCCAACUUGCUUGACACGCCGGAUGCUCCCGUGCCCGACGGAGGGACGAGGAGCACGGAGGAUCAAGAUGUCGCUGCCACCAGCUCUGACAGCGAAUCGUCUUUCAGCGACUGACAUCUGUCCCCAUCGGCGCAAAGCUUCCUGCAAAGGCCAUCCAUCGCUAUUCUGAGCUUCUGUAGGCCUGUACUCUGACAGAGAAGAAGGUUGUAGUGUGCCUGUGCAGAGGAACCAGCGAGAGGGUGCAACUGUAAGUGCCUGAAACAGAAGAAUCCAACCAGAGUGAUUGUAAUUUCAGCGUAAAAGAGCUGAAAUAGUUCUGCUUAUGGUCAGCCAUUGACCUCCUCUAUUUUGAUACAUUUAGCAUUUUUAAAUAGAAUUUUCCCUGUUGAUUUUGUUAGUAGUCAUUCUCAGAACAUGGCAGUAGCAAAUCAUUUUUGUACAAAAAUUACUGAUAUACUGUAGAAGCUGUUGGUCUGGUUUUGCUGUCACACUACUAUCACAGUCUAAUGCCUUUAAGAGAUGCACUCGUCAGUUAAAAGUUACGCUUCUUUGUGCCAGCGUCUAUAAUAAAAGAUGUACGUUGGAUACUUUCAAUGUUUAACACAAACAUUGUCUGUGUGUUAAGGCCAGAGAGGAAGUAUCACAAUAAUCUACCAGUAUCAAUAUGCAGUAUAUCACAAUAGCAGUUUGAUAGGAAAUUCCUAAAAAGCCGAUGUCAUUCUGGAGUAUUUCCAUAAAAUUAUUCUGGUUUUAAUACGCCGCUGUAUGAAUAAUAUCCAAGCAGCAGUCAUAAACUGCCGUCAUAAUUCAGAAUAUUGUCAACAAGUGCAUGCUUCACCACCUUGUUAACCACUACACAGAGAGGGGAUAUUUUCUUUUCACAGUCAUCAGUACUUGCAGGUGGUCAUGCUGGAGGAACAAAAACUGCAGCACAUUCAGUCUGAGGCCUCUGUGGGGUUUUGUAUUUAGACAAAACCUCUGUGAAUUUGGAAAGUAUUCAGACCUCUUUGCUUUUUACACAUAUUAUACAUAUGAGAUGGAUUGCAUAGAUUUUUUUGGCUGUAAAUUCACACACAAUGAUGUCAAAGAUUUUAGAAUUUUUUGCUAAUUUAAUAAAAAUCAAAACGUGAAAUCUGAAUACUUUCCAAAGCUGCUGCAUGUGAAUUAUGGUACAGGAAAAAAAAUCCAUUAUAUGUCACAGAUGAAAGACUCUGCUCUGCUUUAUGUACUCGCAUAGCUAAUAUUCUUCCAUUCCAUGCCUUUUAAUGCCUGGGCGGUGAACUUCACAUUAACCUCUGCUGGAAUGAAACAAACUUGCACUAGGAGUUAAAUCAGUGAUGAGCACCACCUGUUAGAAAAAUGUUAAGUGCAGAGUUUUUAUGUGUUGACUGUGUUGUUUGUAGUUCAGACUCUUUAUCGUUACAUUCAUCAGGACUAAAAUUGCAAAGUCAAGAAACUGUGUUAAAAAACAUUUAGCACAAGUUGUAUUCAUGAGAGCUCUAUGAAAGUUUAUUACACUAUGAUGACUGUGAAAAAUUGAGUGUGGAGAAGUUUGGAAAGCACUUUGUUUACAAAAGCAAGAAGUUUUGCAUCUGUAAUAAACACUCAAACUGUU